AUGGGUUACAAUGCGGCCAGCCAAUUGUCUGGCGCAGGGUUGACCGGCUCUACCGCCUACAAAAACGAGUCCUUGUCUCCAGAGUCCUCAGAUCCUACGGCCACGUUACCCCGCGAUGGUCGGCCUCAUCGUCGCGGCUACCAGGCUUGUCAACGCUGUCGUGAGCGCAAGGUCAAAUGCGAUCUAGGCAGUGUCGACGCCCCGGCCGAUCCUCCUUGCAAGCGUUGUCUGCGCGAGCGGCUGAAGUGCGAGUUUGCGCCCACCCGGAAACGGCAAAAGAGGCUGAAUGGAACGGCAAGAGACGUUUCGUUUGACGAUGUGUCAGAUGGUGCAGAUACUUCUGUUAUGGGCGGUGCCUUGCCGACCUAUGGUGUUGCCAGAACGGUUGAUCAGCCGUCCCCGCCCUUGGCCAGCACCAGUGCUUUCUCUCGCGAGGGAUGGUCACCUGUCACAUCGAAGCCAUCGAUGACUUCUCAUCCCCGCGCCGAUGCUCUUCGGACACGGACUACGUCUGCACAUAGCAAUCCACCGACCGAAAAGAGAGAUCCCUCCGACGUGCAUUUGCACAGUCAGAUUGCUGCAACCAAACUACAUGCCCCGGUGUCGAAUACGCAGGACGCUCUGGGCAUUCUGGUCGACGCUGCAUUCUCGGACAACAACGCUCCGCAUCAAAACCACAGUCCCUUCUCCGAUCGCGCUGGGUCCAAGCGUACGAUCCUCAACCUUGAUCAUGGUGGCCCUGAAGCCCCAGACGAAGCAGGCUUCAGCCCGGAAGAGCAUGAGGAGCAACAAGCCGGACUCAAGGUUUGGUCCGAAGUGCGUUUCGUCCGCAAUGGAUGGUUCACAGCCUGGGAAGCCAUGCAAUACGUGGAGUAUUUCUACAAGAAGCUUGCGCUCAUGACACCAGUGGUCUUUCCCGAUUACAGAUCACCUUUCAAACAUCGUGAUUUGCUGAUCAACGAGCCGAUCCUCGCCCUCACUAUUCUGGCUAUUGCUUCGCGCCAUAUGCCGCUUUCUGGCCACGCUGCGACGACCCGAUCCCACCACAUCCAAGCCAAACUCUGGAACAGUCUGCGCCGCCAGGUGGAGCGGCUCUUGUGGGGCCAAGAGCAGUUUGGUGGAGGAUUCUGUGGAGGGGGAAGUUCUGCGAAAAUCCGCGAGUCCAAGAGCGGGCAGAUCACUUGGAGUGGGAGCUUGCGGACUUUUGGUACGAUCGAAGCCCUCCUCCUGCUCACGGACUGGCAACCUCAGGCUCUCCAUUUUCCUCCCAAUGAUGACGAAACGGGUCUUCUUGACCAGAGCCUCGUCACAUCCUCGGAAUCAAACACUGCUACAUCUACACAGGGUGACGAGCCCAGCCGCAGUAGGGAUUAUGACAAUGUCCCAUACGCAAGCUGGCUUGAACCUGCUUGGAGGUCAGAUCGAAUGUCGUGGAUGCUCCUUGGUCUCGCCCAAAGCCUGGCAUUCGAGCUGGGUGUAUUUGACACCAACCACUUCAAUUGCCGUCACGAGCAUGGACCUGAUUCGGAAUGCGCGCGCAAGAGGCGCAUCAAGCAUCUUGUCCUUGUCUAUGUCGCCCAGACGAGCGGGAGAAUGGGCAUCCAAUCGUCGCUCAACGUUGAAGAAUGGGAAACUGACACGAUUUGGGACCAGACAAGCCAAGAUCAACGUCCAGGGCACGCCGACCAUCCUGUUGAUACCAUGCAAGCUUGUUGGGUUCACAUCGCCAGAAUCCUCAACAGAGCCAAUCGGGAAAUCUUCUCUUCGCCGCAGUUUACCAGAGACCUUACUUCCAGUGGCAGAUAUAAAGAAUCCAUCAACACAUUCGCUCCGUUGCUACAUCAGUGGAAGAACGCUUUUGACAAGUCGAAGGCCGUCAUUCAUCCCGUGAUGCAGAGCAUCCUACUUCUGGAGUACGAGUACACUCGACUCUACAUUAACUCUCUUGGUCUUCAGAAGGUGGUGGAAUCGUGGGUUGAAGGCGGGUCGAACAUUCGCAAGACCACCUUGCUCAAGAUUGCGGAAGACAACAAGCCUUAUAUCGAUGAAGUCACCGAUGCCGCGCUCAACAUCCUCAGCAUUGUGGUGGACCGGAUUGCUGCCAAAGGCUACCUCCGAAAUGCUCCCGUUCGCAUUUAUCUUCGAAGCUUAUCCGGCAUGAUGUUCACCUUGAAGCGUUUCAGCGUGGGGACUCACGAGGCUCUGGUUCGAAAGUGCCUCCAACAACUAGAAAAGAUUCUCGCUGCCAUGUCGAAAGAAUAUGUAGAUGACGUUCACCUGUCAUCUUCGACGUCCCGCCUGGUGGGACACAUUGUUCGAAAUGUGAAGCAGACCUUGAUCCGUGUGCAACAGCCGGGGACUGGAUCAGCCAGUCCCAGUCGCGAGCAAUCUCGGCCACAGUCGCCCAACAACUACAACCACGGUCACGGGCAUGAAAAUUCCAACGAUCAGCAACAGAACCAUGUACAGGCUAUGAGCGUGUUUCAGCAAAGUCCCGAACUCUACUUGAACGACCCUUUGGCGGGAAUCCAAGCCAGACCUAUGGCGGAACUCGCAUCGCAGACUUUCGUACCUCCCCCCAAUUUCAACGGCAACGGCCACGAGGUCGAUUCUGCACUGGACGACUCGAGCCUCGACCAUACAAUGCCGAAUUUCUCCAUGGAUUGGUUCGCCCUUCCGUUGGAUAAUCUUUGGCACAAUGAUGGAAACACAGUUGACCAGGGGUUGGGCGGCCUUGGCCCGACCGUGGGGACUCGAGACAUGCUGGAGGUGAUAACGAAUCAAGACUACAACCAGAUGCAGUGGAACGGAGAACAGACGUUUGGAUACAAUAAUUUCUGA